AUGUAAGUAAUAUAAGAUGUAAAGAAAUUGCAUAAGGAACUCUAAAAGCCUGAAAAAAGUCAUAAGUAUAAGUAAAUCAUAGAAGAAUUAUCUGAAUACUUUCUUUUUGGAGAUCAUUAAAAAGAAGAAAUAUUUGAGUAUGAUGUCAAUAUUUAUUAAGUUAUUUUGCUGAACAAAAUAUAUUAAACUUGUUUUACUAGAAACUCAAGUCUGCAAAUCAUCAAUUAACUAUUUUUAUUAUUGAGAGGUUAUCUAUGAUUAUGUACAAUGUUAUUUCAUUAUAGCACUAAUCUCUAAAAUCCACUCAAUUUGAAUUAUGUCUUAAGCAACCCAGUAUUACAUGAAUUUAUUAACUAUAAUUAUGACUUUAAUAAUCCAGAAAUUGUUGAUUAUUAUGUGAAUUUCUUAAAAACUAUUGCUAUAAGGAUUAAUAGAGAUAAUUUUUAUCUUUAUUUUAAUUAGCGAUAUUGUACCUUCCCAUUAUUAUGGCAGGCUUAAAAGUUUAUUAACUAUCCUGAUGAAUUAGUUAAGAAUACUAUCUAAAAUAUAAUACUAAGUUUAUCAAAAUGUAUAUUAUUGUAGAAUAUUCAUCAUAGUGUCAUCUGACCCAAAAAGCGGAAAGCAAACAGAAUCAGUUAUUUUUAAUUAAACUAAAAUUAUGGUAUAAUUUAAACUUUAUCUAACAACUUCACCUUUCAUUUAAGUAUACAUUAAAUAUAUAUUUCAAAUCUAAUAAAUGUUAGAAUCUCUCAAUAUAGAUUCACAAGAUUAAUUAGAUAAACUUGAAGAUAUUCUUAUGUUUUUUAAUGAUCUCAUAACUGAAUGCCCAUUUUUAUCAACACUUUUGGAGAAAUUAAUUUUAGAUAAAUUAAUUUUGCCAAUUUUAGAUAGCCUAUUACUUAAUAGAAAAACCUCAUUUAUACUUGGAUAUGAAGUAGGAUUAUUUACGAUUUAUCUAUUCCUCACUAAAUUACCUUUAGUAUAUCCAAUUAUGUCUUAUUUUUGUGAAGAUUAAAUAUUUAUUGAUGAAACCAUACAGAAUAUAAAAUUAGUGAAAUAAUCAUAAUAGUGGAUAUAUGAUACAAAGAAUAUGGAGCAAGAAUUCUAAAAUAUAUUCUAAAAUGAAUUGGAUGAUAAUUAAAAGGAUUAAUAUAUUGGUAAUAAGAAAAGCAAUUUAAUCUAAAAUCCAUAUAAAAAUUAAUUUCUUGAGCUUUUAAGAGUAUUUAUAAUAUAUAUAUCAUUUAUAUUAGUCAAAACAUAACACAUUAUUGUAUCUAUAUUUAUCUAUAUGGUUUGUGGCAAAAUAAAAUAAUUACUAAAUACCAUCCAUGUAAAUUAUCAAUGUAACAAUUAUCUUUAAAUUUAGAUAAUAAAUUUAAAAGAAGAAAUUGUUUUCUCAAAAAAGCUUCUUGAGUUGAUAAUUCUAUUAAUGAUUAAUGAAGAUUUAAAAGAAUUAAAAUAAUUAUAUUAAGAUUUAAAAAAUAAACUCGUAUCUAUAAUUUCAAAUUUAAAAGUUACAAACAAAAGGUUAAGUGAAGGAUUAUUUGUUAAUUGGGAUAUUAUAGAAAAUUUUGAUUGGGAUAACUUUACAAAUUCUCAACCUGUAGUUAAAAUGGAAGAUUUGAAGCCAUAUGUUGAUAAUAGUAAACUUUCAGAAUUUAAAUAUGUGUAUUUGUGGAUUUUAGUCAAAUGUUUAGUUAAAGAUUUUAAGAAAAAAGGAGUUGAAAAUUAAUACUAAAUUAAUUAAGAAAUCAAAAUUUAUUAGGCUUGUGAGCUUAUACAAUUAGCUAAUUCAUAAAAUGUAAUUAGUAUAUAAUAAAUAUAUAGUAUUUGAUGAUAGAUGUAAAUUAAGGAUAUUUGAUUCACACUUAAAUUUAAUAAGACUCAGAAUCAGGAAUAGUUAAAUUUGUACAACCUUUAAAAGCAAUAGAAUGUUCCUUUAUGGGUGACAUCUUGAUUCUAGAAUGUAAUAAACUGUGUAUCAAUCAAUUCAAACCAUAUCAAAUAAAAAUUCAAUAAGAUGUUAUAACAUCAGUAAUUGACAGAAUUUACUAAGCAUAACAAUCGAUGAGUUAAUUAAUUAUUAAUAAAUUGGAAGCACUAUUUUGA